AUGCAAAAGUGUAUAAAAAACGUAGCGCUGUAUCUCUGUGUAUAUCUUUCUCGCACCAAUAAAAGUAAUGAACAGAAGAAAAUUUCCAAAGAGUACACAGUUGAACAUAUACAAACUCAAUAUACACAUACAUCUUCAACAAUGGGAGGUAGAAUACAUGGAUUCCUAGGUGGUGUUUUAUUAACAUCAGCAUUGACAUACUACACUGGUCAAAUGUUUCAUCGUAAUCAACAAUUUAUUUCACAACACUUACAACAAUCAAAUAAUAUCAUCAAUAAUCGAAUCUUGACCGAUUCCGAAUAUAGAAAUACCGCAAUACCCGAUAAUCACAUUGUUAUCGAAGAAAGACCUGAUUUUGUUGAAACCUGUAAAGAUAUUUGGAAUGAAGAGAUUAUCAAGAUGGUAAAUUGGAUUUAUGGUAUAAAUUGGUAUAAAUUGGGCAUUAAAUUGGACAAUGAGGCUAAUAAGUUGACGGAUAAGAUCGCCGAACUGUUGGUUAAUAAGAAGUAG